AUAUUUACACAGUCCUGCUGAGACUGAGCAGACGUGAACAUUGCAAGAUGCUAUCCUAACAGGUAGUUUCUACAGUAGGUCUAUAGAUGGGAGGCUCUAUUGUAAACAGUGAGAGAAGGACUUGCGGUUGGCAUCCCGUUGCGGAGGCUGGAUCUGUUGCUUUAUAGCCACGAAACUUUUGAUUCAGUGGCGAAAAAAAAUCUGAAAGCUCCACUUUGUGUCAGCAUCUGUAACUGCCCUUUCAUUCAUUUAUCGAUUGUCCUUCAAAGUGAUCACACUACCAUUUGAGGUUGUUAAUAAUGGGUGUGUGCAUUUAAGGGCUAUAUCUGCAACAGCUGUGGGUCUAUAUAGUCAUUCUCAUCUCUCGUCAUAACUGUUAUGAACACUUCACUUCAUUGUCCUGUUGUGAAUUUGGGAACAUAAAUACCAACUCUAAAAAGAUUUGAAAAGACCCUGCUGUCGUCAUAUGAUAGGCAUCCAGUUCAACCAUGGGAGGCUACGACCCAUUUCCGAUCAUGACAUAUCUGCACCAACUAAUAUUCAUCAGUAUGAUAUGGUAUGGGCUGGCAACUGCUCAGACUACAGCUCCAACAGAGCCUCAGUCAUGUCCAAGCGGCUGCCACUGUGAUUUCCAGACCAGGGUGGUAAACUGUCAGCAAGGUUCCUUCACAAGCAUACCAAACACCUUUCCCUCAUACACCGCAACUCUGAUCCUUAGGGGAAACAUAUUCCGAACUCUUCUUGAAGACUCCUUUGUAGGACUCUCCAAUCUGGUAUCCUUGGACCUGACCUCCUGUGAGAUUGGAACGAUCAAUCCUAGAGCUUUCAACGGUCUGGACAACCUUAACAUCCUCAACCUCCAACUGAACCACCUGAGUACGUUGCCUCCUGGAGCAUUUGCAGGGCUCACCAAACUCAGGGAUCUCAAUCUGGAGAGGAACAAGCUACAGAUAUUACCUGGUGGUGUGUUCAGUGAUACGCAGGUUCUCAAAGUCUUGGACGUCAAUGAUAAUCGGAUUACCCAGAUACAUGAUGAUGCUUUCAGUGAUUCCACUGUGUUGUCAGCUCUCCACCUAGCAUAUAACCAACUUGUCAGCAUCCCUGAGAUGGCAUUGAAGAAUCUUACUAAUUUAAAGAACUUAGCCCUCUCUGGAAACCCUAUUCCUACCAUACCAUCCAGGACAUUCAUCUCACUUACCUCUUUAAAUCUACUGUAUCUUGACAACAUGCAGCUGGGAUUAAACACGACGCUGGGAUCCCUGGAGGUAGAUUCAUUUGCUGGUCUUCAAUCGGUCACUACCAUCGACCUUUCACACAACCAGUUCCGUACUCUUGAUCCACUAGCAUUUCAAUCCCUGACAUCCCUGGAUACUUUACUCCUCACAGGAAACUUAUGGGACUGUGAGUGUCCCCUCUCACCGUUUGUUCAGUGGCUAAAGCAGAGUGGUAUCAUCUACUACAGCACUAGCUGGUACUGCAUGUACCCAAGCGACCUCAGCGGCACUGUUGUUUAUGCACUACCACCUCGUGACUUUGCAUGUGAGCCAAUCAUUACUGAUCCUCCUAUUGACACUGUGGUUGAAUACAGGCAAAGGGCAAUCUUCCAAUGUAGAGCAAAGGGAGAUCCAACUCCGGAAAUCAAGUGGUAUGGGCCCGAUGGCACCAGAAUAUUAGCGACAUCCAAUGAGGAAAACGUAUACACUGCCUUGGAUGGCCUUGUGCUUGUAAUUCGGUCAGCAGAAGAAGAACAUGUUGGUUUGUAUAACUGCACAGCUAGUAAUGUGCGUGGCAGUGAUUCUGUAGUAUUUCAGGUUGUCGUCAAUGGCAUUCCUGAACCUGAAACAUCCACUGUCAGUGGAAGUACAGUAAGUGACAAUUCUUCAUCCCCUGUGGUAGAACCCACCGACACCACCUGCGCCAGUUUUACUUUGUCAAUCGUAAUGGCAUCUGUGGAGGAAUCAUCUAUUGAAGUUUCCUGGACCCCUUUCAAUGGUGAUAGAGAAAUAACAGGCUACAUAGUACAAUCACACAUCUUUGGCGACCAGCAAACAAACUCAUAUUACGUCAACUGGACAGCAAACAGUUUUGAAUUAACAAACCUGCUUUCAAACACUGGUUAUACAGUCUGUGCUGCUUUUCUCCUUGACAACUGCCCCCUCGUGAUACCCAGAGCGCAAUGUACAGAGGUGACCACUGCGGGUGUCAACCCCGCCACUGCAGCACUGCAAGGUAGGCAUCGCAAUGAGAUUGUUGGUACAGCCCUGGCAUGUAUCCUUGGAACGCUUCUCCUCAUGGCAACCAUUUUCUUCAUUCUCUGGAGAUACAGGAAACCUAAGGAUUACCAUCACUAUGACUUUAAGGGUAACAAGGACACAGCUGCUUUUGCAGGUAUCCCAGAAGACACUGGGUUCACUGUCAGUGAUGUGAUUGCUUCUGGUUCUGUUUCAUCCAACAAGUACGAAGCCCAGAAUGGAGCUUACGUCAAUGGGGGUAUGGACAUAUCAACAGGCAAUAGCAAUGAAUACAGCAAUGAACCUGUUGGAGGAAGCGUCAUCUAUGAAAACAGUGUGAUCCAACACUCAGCAGACAUACACUCGGAUGUAGAACCUCCAGCAGACUAUACCAGUGAUGUCACUACUGCCUCCAUGAAAUCUGCCAAUUCAGUAGGAUCCGACGAUGGCUUGAGAGAGGGGCGAGAACCAAAGGAUAAACCCUCCAAGGUGAAAAGGAGCAGAACCUCUUUAACUUCUGAUGAAAGUUUGGAGAGUGAUGAGGCAAUAGAAAUGACUAAUUUAGGGGCCCCACCUCACAGCAAUGGAGAUUUAAAUAAUGAGAAUGAAGUGAGUGUAAUCUAAAUUGUAUUAAACUAAAUAUCUUAUCAUGUUGAUUCAUGCUGCUUUAUAUGUGUUUUGAAUGCACAAUUCAAAAGUGAAUUACUUAAACAAAACAAUGAAUGUGAAAUGGGCAUAAAAUGCUGUUCAUGUAACAUUAUAGAGAAUGGAUACAGACUAUGUAACUAUAAAGAACACAUUAUCAUAACUACAGCAAUAGGGUUCACUGAAAUGCAUAAUUUCUAUUAUAUUUUGAUUAAUGAAAUCCUGUUCAGUGAUUGGUCAACAUAGCAUCAUGUGACCAAACAUAACAUUGCUAUGAUGUUACCGAUAGGAAAAAUGUGCUACAUGUAUACCGUGACGUCAUUCAUGGGAUAUAGUGCACUAUACCAUAGAUGACGUCAUAGAUAUGUGAUCGAUCAAGAUCAAUGUGAUAUCGGGCCUGGUCAUGGUACUUUCAUCUGCGCUGCUCUCACUGCACUCUACUCUACUUCAGUGACAGUAUACAUUGUUAUUAUUAUUAUCAUUUUUAUGAAGGUUGGUUUGAAAAAUGUAAAACAAAUACAUCAUGCACUAUUUUAAGCCACUAGUGAAAUUAUGGGUUCCUCGGCGACAAAAAUAGCCCUACUUUCCUGCCACCUCGAUCCAUAAUUUCAACUAAAGUCUCUCAGUGCAUGGUAUAUUUGUUUAUUGAUCAAUAUUCUAACAUAAUACUAUAAUAGAAUGAACAAUACAUACAUAUGGACUAUAUAUAUUUUGUUGUUGUUGCAAGUAUAUAUUGGUAAUAUUUUGAUACCUUGGUAACAUAAGUAAAUUAAAUUUACUUUCCUUCAACUAUUUCUUUAGAAAGAACAUUGUAGCUCAUGAAUUUCAUUUGAAAUAUAUACAAAAUAAGACAAUCAUAUUUAAUGUCCAUAUUUGUUUUAUAUACUGAAUCUUGCCUGUGCAUCCUUAAAAACUUAAUGUCAAAGUCAUUUCUUGAAAUUGACUACCGAUAAUCAGAAAUUUUAGUUUGUGUGUAUAUGUCUUACUCUGCAUUUAGUCAGUAUCAUGCAUGUUAACUAUUCUUACUUUAUGCAUGCAAAUAUUGCUAUUGACCAGGAAAUAUUGUUCACUUUAUUGCCCAAAGACAAUUUCAUGCCCACAUUUUUGGCCAAUCACAGGUUUUGAGUCCAGAUUUGCAGUACAAGAGUAUUUCUCUCAAUUGGUAUCCCCCAUGAAAAUACCUAUCUAAUGUUUUCUCCUUCACUUGGACUUUUUUUCGCAACACUAUAUCAUAUUUAAACUAUCCAAAUGAAAUUUAAUGGAAGGUUAUUUUCUUAUAAAAUGAUGCUCAUAUCAUCUGAUUUUUAUAUUUUAGGAAACAAAUUUGGUUUGGAAAAAAAUUGUUGUUAUUUCCAACAACACUGACAUCUCAAUAUGCUGAAUGAUGGUUUGUGAAACAGAUUUCUGUUGUUUUUUCCUUUCACCCAUAACAGGUCUAUCUCAUUAUAACAUACAGUAGUAUCUCACAUUUAUUUUUCCUCUUUAACAAAAAUUACAGGGCAAAUAUAUAUGUAUACAUAUAUGUAUUACUUUGAAACAUACUUCUUAUCCAGCUUAUGUGAAGCCAUGGACAUACUUCACUCUAUAGCCACAGAAUUAACAGCCUGGUGAUUUUGUUCCCAUCAUUUCUAUCUUACAUGUGACAGUAUUCCUUCUUGUGGACUAUAUUACAAAUCAUUUACAUUAACAAAUGAUUUGAACUAUUGUAUUUUGUCCUAAUUAUGAUAGUUUGAAGAAUAAAAAUCCAGCUAAGUAAUAAUCAAUUUCUGAGGAACCAUCACAAUUUGGGUAGCAAGCUAAAGAUAUAAAGGUCUACAAACACAAUACAACAUUCCCAUCAUUGGCUUCUUUUGACAAUCAAGGACGACAAUUCAUCUUUGCCCUUUCUCGAUAUACAAUUGGUAGAAUAUUUGUUUGAAGUACACAACAAAGUGUCUGUGUAGAGAAAGAAGUGUUUUUUUUAUUACGGGGCAAAAAUCUAUUUCUCGACACGAGGAGAAAAGUAUACAUCAAUGAUAAGUCAUUUUUAUGAUAUUCAAAAUCAUCAUUUCUAAAUACUCCUCAAUUGUCAAGUGCAUGUAAAUUAAUUCUACAAUAUCUACUCUUAAAAUAUUUAUUAGCUUUCAGGGUUUAUUAGAAUGAUUUCCAUUAAACACCAAUACAUUUGACUUUGUUUUAGGGGUGCUCUGAGCUAUAUCUAUCAAAUCUAUGAUUACCAUGGAGGAUGGUACUAACCAUUACAUUCUGGUAAAGGUAAAGAGUGGUUUGGGCUUUCAUAGAGAGGUCAUCCAUAUUAAGUCUGUAUAUACCAAACAAAUAGUAAAACUCCUUGUGUGACAUUGCAGUUAUCAUGAUUGAUGGUAUACCAAAAACUUUAAGAUGAAUUGCGCUACAAUAAUAUAUACUGUAGCAAAAAGUAGCAUGUCAUGGAGCAAAUCAAAACCAUAAAUGGGUGAUUUUGCAAAGCUGUUAAUGUUGCACACAGCAAACCUUCCGACAAUGGAAGUCUACUGUUUUGAAGAAAGCAAUAGAAGUGUUAAUGGGGGAAAAUGAAGAAAGUUGUGGGAAGAGUAAGAUACGUAUAUGAAUCUAGAUCUGAAUCAAACUUCUACGGAUAUUAUAUUCAACUAGAUCGGUGAUAUCAUGUGCAAAACACUGACCAUUGUAAGAAAAAUGCACUUUCACCCUACUGUAUAACCUUAGAUAAUCGUUUGGUCCUUGAGCGAUGUCAUAAAAGAUUAAAUGCCUUUUCAAUAGCCCCUUGCAGGGAUUCAUCAUAUAGCAAUACAACAAAAUUAUACAACUACACUGUAUGUGAUUAAAGUAGUUAAUAGAUUCUUUUCUAUUAAAAUGUUGUAUAACAAAAUGUUGUACAAGCAAACGUUUAAGCAUCAUUUCAAAUGAAAACUCUAUAAAGUAUCAAAGCCCACUUCAAACGCGAACGUUGCAUUGUACAAAAACAGUAUAGCUGGGUCAGGCUUAUAGUGACUGUGCACUGAUGGUUGGCCUUGCACUCUCAUUGAAACAGAGUGCGACACCACAAUUCACUAUAACAAAAGAUUUACUGACCUCUUUAAAACUAGUUCCUUUACAUGAUACCCUUUUCAUGUGUGUCUAUAUACCACUUCUGUUAUAUAUACAAUGAUUCUUCAUAUUUUUCUUUGGGUACGAGUUUUGUAUAAAUUUACUCUAGUCUUCACAGGCAUUAGUAUUACCUGGAACGUAUGCAUUUAGAAAAGAUUCACAAUUUAGCCAGAUCAGUGAUAAUAUACAUGUGCAAAGCACCGUGACCAUCAUAAUUGUAAGUCUGGUUACUUGCCUGGGUAUUUGGUUUUGAAUAAGAUUAGUGGAUUUAAUGGCAAAAUAUUGUGACCAAUAUAAGAAUAAACGGUUUUCACCCUCUCCACUUUUAAAGAGAGAGCUGAAUUAUUGUAAAGAUGGGGGAAAUAAAAACAAACAAGUAUACAAAG